GGGGAAGCAGCAGACACACAUAGGCCACUAUUUAUUUUCAGUUCUCAUACAAGACACCUGAUACAAGCCAAGAUGAAGAGAAAACCAAGGAGCCAGUGCACAAGCAUGAGAACUCACAAGAGUGAAUGUGCUGUUGUUGCUGCACAGAGACCUGGGCAGCUCAGGUGCUCUGUGUUUCAAUCACACCCAUUUUUAACUAGCCACCAGGAAAAGGACCUUCCGUCAGGAGAGCUGGUCAGCCUUGUUUCCUUGCUGUGUUACAAGAGAUCUUCUUAAAGAAAUAAUGCUGCAUUCAACAUUGGCCUUGUCCCUCCUGCUAAUUGCAGUUUCUUCCAACCUUGCAAUGGCAGUCAAAAAGGAAAAAAGAACGCCCCAGACAUUGUCAAGAGGAUGGGGAGAUGAUAUUACUUGGGUGCAAACUUAUGAAGAAGGGCUUUAUCAAGCAAAAAAAAGUAACAAGCCACUGAUGGUCAUUCAUCAUUUGGAAGACUGUCAAUACUGCCAAGCACUGAAGAAAGCUUUUGCAGAAAAUGAAGAGAUACAAGAAAUGGCCCAAAAUAACUUUGUUAUGCUGAAUCUCAUGCAUGAAACCACAGAUAAAAACCUGUCACCUGAUGGACAAUAUGUGCCUCGAAUCAUGUUUGUAGACCCAUCUCUCACAGUAAGAGCUGAUAUCAUAGGAAGAUACUCUAACCGGCUUUACACUUAUGAACCACAAGACAUACCGUUCUUAAUAGAGAACAUGAAGAAAGCACUACGCCUCCUUCAGACAGAACUGUAACCAGCAACAGUGAAAUGACCAUAGCCUCUACGAGGUGAAGCUACACCAGGAAACCUGACAUUUCUGAAUAUCUUAGCUAGCUUCUUUGUCCUUAGUAGCAUUUUGAAUUCUUGCCAAACAGCUUUGGUAUACCAGAUCUCAUAAAGUUAUAUGUGUGAUAUGAAGAACAAACAUAGAUUGCUGUGGCUGUUAGAAAACAAGAUGAAAAACCUAUUGAACGCUUUGAAGUUAGCUAUUUGAAUAACUGAAGGGGAUGGUACAAGAUGCAGCAACUUUGAACUGUACUUCAUCAGUCCAAGUAUGGAUUAAUCAAGCCAGCUAUGACUCCUGGCUGAAAGCUAUAACUGAUUCUUUUCAUGCCUAUUUGGUAUUCAAUAUGUAAGUUAGCAGCUACAUCUCAGAUCCUCUUUUUUUUUUUUUUUUUUUUUUUAAUUGCAUAGUGUAGAUCUUUAGCAUAACAGCUUUAUUCAGUUAUUUCUCAUUAAAGGAACAGAAAUUUGCUGAUAAAUCAGAUAAGAAGAUGCUAUAGAUUCUGGAGUAGCUUAAAUAGGGAAAAAAUCAGUGAUCUAGGCUUAAACAUAGGAGUGGCUCUGUUUCACAUUUAGUUUUCUUCUGUAUCAUUCUUUAACUAGCAUUUCUGAUAGCUGAAAACAGAACAUGCAUUUCAUGCUUAGCUUGUGACAUCAAAUCACAAAUAAAGGUUUUGCUAUGAGAAAAAUACAGAGAAGUAAAAGAGAGGGAAGGAGAUAAUCCUAGAACUCCACGCCUGAGGCCAAGUGAUGCUUGUAAAAUCUGGUAUGGGGAAAAUGAGCAAGCUUGUCUUAGUUGUUUUCAUUUAAAUGGCACUUGAAGCAUGUGAACCUCAUCACAGGUCAUUCCCUCUCCUUCUGUAGUGUCCCAACCCCAGACACCAUGGUGACAACAUAGUGAGGGAUCUGCAUGUAUGAGGUCUUAUUCACAAAAUUUCCCUAGGCUCACUGUAAGCAAGAGCAGACACCCACUUAUUGUAAAAAGUUUAAGUCAACUGAGGUGUGAAAUUGUUAUCCUGACAAUGCGUGUUUUCACAAGAGCAAGACAGCAAAUGAUUCGUCUACAAUAAGAGCAAGAAUGCAUCUGUUAUGGUGCAAAGCACCACUGUCACUUUUCUGUUACCUGCCAUUUUCCUUGACACUGCCUAAAUGCACAUUUAAAAGAUGAAGGAAGCCUCUGUGCAGGAUGGCUUUGCUAACUUACAAUACCUAGUAUUAAUUUGUCAUGAGGGAGUUAUAUUGUGCCUGUCUAUGUCUUCAUAUAACUGUAAAAUUUGGGCAUAAGAGCAUAUUCUACAGACAGGAGAGAAGUGGCGUAUGCUAAAAGAAAAAAUUAUUAGUCAUUAAUAGUAUAUUGUUUUCAUAAUAUGUUAAAAUCAUUUUUUAACCCAUAGGAAAAUGCUAGAAGCAAAAUUAAACUGGUAAUCACAUGUC